AGGGCUUUUGCUAGCCCAUCAUGUGGUUGGGAUGGUAGCAAAAGAUGACCAAAAGAACAGUGGCAACAUGGAACUUCGCGACGCGAUGAGGAGUAGUAGAUGGCUGAGAGGGAUUAGGAAGAUGGGUGGAGGAAAUCAUGUAUUGGAGGAUGAAGAAGCUGUAGUGGGAGUGAACAAGGGCCCAACCAACACAGGAAAGGCUAAUAACUCUAUUAAGAAGUCAGCGGAUUCAGCGACUAAAGGAAUGGAUGCAAAGGGAUUCAGAAGCAAUUUUAGCACAAAAUCUAAAGGGAGUUUCCAUGUAGACCCUCCAAAUGGAUCACAAAUUCCAUUUCAGAGAUUUGAACACCAGAAACAACUAGACCCAGUUACAGUGAUGUUCAAUAUGCUCAACAAGGACUACCAAGCGAGGGCCCGUCAUCGGCCACCGAUCAACAACAAUGUACCCGUAAAGCGAUUCGGCAACAAACCCUAGAUGUGUCCCCCAAAGAAAAAACAAAAGAAAAGUUUUGGUGAGAGAGGAACACCUCUCUCUAGCUUGUUCUAGAUACUAUCCUUUUUGCUUACAAAUAUUAUAGGGCUAUGUUAGAAUAUAUAUAUAUUUAUAUGUAUUAUAAUGUUCUUUGUAGUCAAACAAUAGGAUAAUCUUGCACAAAAAGGGUUGUGGAAUAAUGCAUGGCUUUAAGCUAGUAUAGCCCAAUCAUGGUUAUGAUGAUCAUCAUACACUAAAAAGGGCAA